AUCUCUCUCUCUCUGUCUCUUGGAUCAGCGAUACAGCCCUUGUAAAAUGUAUUGGCUGUGGCUGGCGCUGUGCUUGGCCUCGGCAGCCGUCGGCCAGUACGACGGCAUCGAGCCGCGAUCCGUCGCCUACCCGAGUAAAUCCAACCUCGGGCCCCUCUACAGCAGCUUCAGCGGCCCAGCCGGUUACCGCGACAAUAGCUACGAGGACAAUGCCGUGACGCCGACGCCUUCCCCGACACCCAUUUAUCGCAAUUCCGGCUCGGCACAGCAGCUCUAUAGAAAGCCAUCGGCUUCGAUCGACGCAUCUCGCGAGUUCCAACAUCAAACACCCGUGAGAAUUUCUCAACAGCGUGGCCCGAUUCGUGUGGGGCCUCAGCAAUUCUCGAAGAAUGGUCAGGUAAAACAUAAACUCGAAGAAGAAUUAGAAGAGGAGAAGGACGAGCCUGAUCGUCUGAGCCUUUUGUUGCCCCAAAGUAAGUUUGACUGUGUUGGAAAACAAACGGGUUAUUAUGCUGACGAGGAACUUAAUUGCGAGGUAUUCCACUACUGCCAAGACAAUGCCAAGCACUCGUGGAUUUGCCCCGAGGGAUUCACUUUCCAUCAGGUGCAUUUAAUUUGUAUGCCGCCAAAUGGAGAUAUUACGUGUAAGAAGAGCUCACAGUAUCACUUCGUUAAUGAAUAUCUUUACAAGCCUUUGAACCUUGACGAGGCUGAGAACAAACCCAAUGUUACUUUAAGAUACAGUGAAAGAUACUUCCCCUCUGACAUUUACACGGAUGAGCGAGAAAACAACGAAUACCGCGCAAGUUCGUCAGUUCCUGCUCGACGACCUGUGUACCUUGCCCAGCAACCCAUACCCACGAUCAACAGCCUGCCGACCGGAGGCCGUCCGCAGCCUUCGCCUUCGACGACUCAGUACCGGAUUCCCGUGAAUCAAGUGUUCCGCAGUCCUGAAGAAGUCAAUAUACCGCUCCAGCAAAGACGGCCCCAGCUUCAAUCACCUCAGGGUUUAAGAAGGUUCCCCCAGGUCAGACCCGACGAGGAGGAUUACGAGUAGACUCGUAUGCACCGCGCAUUGUAAAGAAUUGAGAUGUAACAUCCUUUCUUGGGUCUUUUGCGGAUAAGAAGAGGCCCUUCACGAACCUGCAGGUGGCCUGAAAAAAUUUUCUCGAUAACCACAUUUUUUAAUUCGCUCUUUUCAAAAAAAAAAACGAAUGGAAUUUUAUAUUAUUGUCAUUGUUAUUAUUUUUGUGCUUCUUGGCACUUUACGUUAUACUCGUUUCGUCUAAAUUCAAUUUCACGUUACUGUUUUAAGUAUCGAUUCUCCGAGUCCACAAUAAAAUUUCACCGCAUAUUAUACUAUUGCUCAAAUUCAUUUUGAUUAAAU